UGAGUAUAAAAGGGGAUUAAAUAAAUAAAUAUUUAUAUUUAGAAUUUUCAAUAUUUGAGAAACAAAAGAGCAACUUGAUAUUUGACUAAAGAUGAAAUACAACUGCUUACAGAAUACUUCACUACUGGCAGUCAUAAUGAUGAUGAUGUUAAUGAUCAAUGUUAAUUAUUCACAUGCAAUUCAUGCAAACCAUUAUGACGAUAAUGAUCUAGUAACUGAUUCACUUGAUGAUAACGAAUACGAGGAGGAAGAUGGAGCUGGUGAUUAUGAUGAGAAUGAAGAUACCUAUGAAAAUGAAGGAGUAUUAAAUGAUCCACAAUUCUAUAGAAGAGGACAUUAUAACGAAUAAGGUUUUUAUAUUUGGCACGACUGGUUACCAACCAUUCAGGAUUGUAUCUUUUAAAAUGUAACAAAUAACAGUUUGAUAUCUUACAGUGAAUAAAUAUGUAAUAGUGUA